CUGUCAGCAAACAGUCUCUGGUCAGUUAUUAUUGUUCUGCUUUGUGAUGAAUAAUCAAGUAUCUGAACAAUAAUAAUAGUGUCCGUUUACUGCAUUAAUUAUCAUUUAAAAGGAUGUUAUUUCAUGAGAUAAAAUGCUGGAUUCUGAUCUCAUUUCACUAUAAGAAGUGUAAUUUAAUUAUGGAAUUAUGAGUUGGCCUGUUAAUGAAGAAACUUAUUCUGGUAGCUGAACAUUCUCAAUUUUCAUAAACGCUGAAAUAUGACCACAAGAAAUCCUACGACGUUAGUAGCUGUGCCAAGUGAAGAAAAUUUUGAUUUUCUCUUCAAAAUCGUUUUGAUAGGCGAUUGUGGAACUGGAAAAACCUGUGUAGUUCAACGGUUUAAAAAUGGAACUUUCAUCGAACGACAUGGAAACACAAUUGGUGUAGAUUUCUCUAUGAAAACUUUAGUGAUUGAUGGUAAAAAAGUGAAGUUACAAAUAUGGGAUACCGCAGGUCAAGAGCGGUUUAGAACUAUAACCCAGAGUUAUUAUAGAUCUGCUAAUGGUGUAAUAAUUGUUUAUGAUAUCACGAAGAGGUCAUCAUUCCUCUCUGUUACCAAAUGGUUGGAGGAGGUUCGAAAAUAUUCAGGUAGCUCAGUACUUCUAGCAUUGGUUGGUAAUAAAGCAGAUGAAGAGAAUUUGAGGGAAGUAGAAUUUGAAGAAGCUGAAGCCAUGUGUCAGUAUAUGCCUGAGGUGCUUUUUGUAUUAGAAGCUAGUGCUAAAUCAAACACAAAUAUAGAAGAAGCAUUUGUGUAUCUUGCAACUGAAUUGAAGAGAAGGCACGACAAUGGAAUUCUACAACAAUCUGAUGAAGAUACUGUGAUAUUGGGCGAUGCAAAAUCAGUUUCCAAAUGUAGCUCGUGUACAAAGUUUUGAAUGAACCUAAAUAUGCCUUACUGUGCCUUAUUUAACUAUUGCAAAAAUACUUAUUUAAUAUGGAGCUCGGAUGUUAAUUAAUACGUAAACGAGAAGUUUAAUUGAUUUCUGGUGAUAUUUAUUGUUAUUGAUCAUAUGAUGAAGUCAAUUAUUGGAUCAUCUCAAUACUGUGCAAUAAUUUUUAGAUUCAGUUUUACUUAUUUUCAGGUAAAUAAAUAUUUUUGUUUUUAUUUAGCUCUCUUUGUCAAAUUAAUUAUAAGAAGAUCAAAGUUGAUGAUGAUGGUGUUGAAUGACAUGAAUAAUUUAAUUCAAUUAAUCUAUUGUUCAGUGAUUUGUAUUUUGGAGAACAAUUUUGUAUAGUUUGCUAACAUGUUAUUCUUUUGAUAACUUAAAUGUUGGUGUGUGGCGUUGUUAUAACAUAGUAAAUUCAAUAUUGAGCUUUAACUAAAAUUUAUAUUGUUUCUGGGAAUGUUUAGAAUUUUAACUGAUAUUCCUGGUUUUCUGUUUGAAACUCUGCUAAGGAUAUUAUUUUCCUUUAUUGUCAUAAAAACUGGAAUAAUGAAAAAAUUAUUUCGUAUAAUAAAUUUUCAACAGUCCUCACUAUACAUAAAACUGCUUAUCAAAACUCAAAAAAAAAAUGUACCUACUGUUGAUUUGUCAGGAUUGGCACUCAAUUUCAAUUCUGAAAUUGAGUGUUAAAUAUUAAUUUGAUGUUGAAAAUUGAUAUGCAUUUGUAUGAGUACAAGCUGUAAAAUUCAGUAUGUUUUAGAUUAUAUCUUUUGAUCUGGAAAUUGUUUUUUGUAUAUUUUUUGAUUAUUCUUUUGUAUUCACAUAGUAUGAAAAUGUUCACAUGAUUUAUAUUUUCAUUUGUCUUCAUUUAGCAGUUAAUUCUGUAUUGAUGGAUGUGAGCAGAUUUUCUGUAGAAGAUUCUAACUAAUAGAAGCAAGUACUGAAAAUAUACAAAACUUACAACCA